CAGCACUUCUCACCGCUGCAGCCAGAGGAUCCAGUCCCGACCAGCGAGGGCGGGGUUAAUAAAGAAGAAGAAGAAAAAUAGAAGUUUCCUGGUGACCUACGACAACACAAGAAGAGAUGAAUGUUGGCGUAGCUCACAGUGAGGUGAACCCCAACACACGGGUGAUGAACAGCAGGGGAAUAUGGCUCACCUAUCUUUUACUGACCGUGGUUCUGCACAUUGUUCUGCUCAGCAUUCCUUUCUUCUCGGUGCCGCUCGUCUGGACCCUCACCAACGUCAUCCACAAUCUGGCGAUGUACCUGUUCCUACACACAGUGAAGGGCACUCCCUUCGAAACUCCGGACCAGGGCAAAGCCCGUCUGCUCACGCACUGGGAACAGAUGGACUACGGCGUCCAGUUCACUUCUUCACGCAAGUUCCUCACCAUCUCACCAAUUGUUCUGCACAUUCUUGCCAGUUUCUACACGAAAUACGAUGCAACGCAUUUUUUAAUCAACACAUGCUCCCUGAUGACCGUCCUAAUCCCAAAGCUGCCGCAGCUUCACGGAGUACGGAUAUUUGGCAUCAACAAAUACUGACGCACCCUAAAACUGGGGCUUUAUCCACAAAAACUGGACUUAUGGUUGCUCCGCUCCUGCUGAACUUUUUUCUGAGUAACAGUUUGAGGAGACGGAGAUAAAAACUGAGUGCCCUGAACGCCUGGAGAAACUGAAUGCACUGUUUCAUCAAAGUGUUUCUCAUACCAAAACGAGAUCCGUUGCUUGUGUUUUUGAAGGUUAAAAAUGCACUGGUUUUAUUUUGUGAUGUUUGUUCACCCUUUUUCUUUUUAUUUGCACUGGCUGCAACUGUGUAAAGCUGAGUUUGUUUGCCAUAAUUAUAAACCAAUCCGUUUUUUUCUACUCAAUCCAGCAUGCAUUUACAUGCUUAUAAUAAAUAUUUUACCGUGAUAUAAAAGUAAAGUGGGUAUCAUUUUAGAAACCUGCCAGCUCUAAAAAUAGGAUUUUGUAGAAUCCACUUUUGUUCAGUGUUUCGCAAACUCAAAUUUGAGACUUUUUAAGACUAUUAUGAAUGGAAUUUAAGACCUGUAGCACAACAGAAAUGUACAAAAGAAAACGGCAAAUAAAUAAAUUGUACCAGUUGGCAACAGAAGUGAGCCAAUGGCGAAGACGAACAUCAUCCAGUCAACUGCCAAUAAAUAAAUUUCUACGUACCCACAGUGGAUGUAAAAAAGCUAGCUAGCUUAUUAGUAGCUAGCUAUUAGCUACUUAUGGUUGCUACUUAUUAGCAAUUGCUUUGAAUCAUCAUAAUGCACUGAAGAUGUCUGUGCACAUCUGAGUUUGUGUAGCAGUAAUAUACUGCAAGAAAAAGGAAAACUACAUUGAAUGAGAUUAAAUAGUAAUGCCACAAAAAAUUAAGACCUGCAAUUUACAUAUUUAAGGCCAACUUUUUU